UUGAGUAGAAUAACACAACAAAAAAUGAAAAUGUUCUCAAAGGUGCUGUGUUUCGCCGCUCUUGUAGCCCUAGCGGCUGCUCAAUCUGAACACGGCCACCACCACCACGGCUACUCCUCGCAGCAUAUCUCGCGCCACGACGGCAAAGCUGAGAAAGUCACUGUUCACGUAAAAGACAAACACGGACACGUGCAUGAAAUUCACGACUACAAAGCCUACCCUAAAUAUGAGUUCGAGUACAAAGUGGAGGACAAGCACACCGGCGACCACAAGACCCAGCACGAGCACCGCGAUGGAGACGACGUGAAGGGCUUCUACUCCCUGCACGAGCCUGAUGGUUCCGAAAGGAAAGUCGACUACCACAGCGACAAGCACACUGGGUUCCACGCCACCGUGAAGCACAACACCCACCAUAUCGUGCUGUGUUUCGCCGCUCUUGUAGUCCUAGUGGCCGCUCAGUCUGACCACGGCCACCACCACCACGGCUACUCCUCACAGCACAUCUCGCGCCACGACGGCAAAGCUGAGAAAGUCACUGUUCACGUAAAAGACAAACACGGACACGUGCAUGAAAUUCACGACUACAAAGCCUACCCUAAAUAUGAGUUCGAGUACAAAGUGGAGGACAAGCACACUGGAGACCACAAGACCCAGCACGAGCACCGCGAUGGAGACGUCGUGAAGGGCUUCUACUCCCUGCACGAGCCUGAUGGUUCCGAAAGGAAAGUCGACUACCAUAGCGACAAGCACACUGGGUUCCACGCCACCGUGAAGCACAACACCCACCAUAUCGUCCCAGAACAUCAUCAUCACCACUAA